UUCUGGGCAUCUGUUACGACCCUCCUCAUUGGGGAAGAUGGCCAACAUCCUGUGCACGGUGCUGCACUCCCUCCUGAGCUGCCUCAUUCCCCCGGCCAACCUGCUGGUGAUUGUGGCUGUCUACCAGCUGAUGAGGAAGCAGCCAGGCACCAGCUACAUCUACAUCCUCAACCUGGCCACCGCUGACCUGCUGGUGGGUGUGAUGUGCAUUUCUGAGGCACUGGAUGACAUCCUUGAUGGGGACUUUGACCGCAGCAAGUCCUUCUGCCUCCUGCGCAUCGCCAUGAGCAUGACGCCGUGCAUCGGCUCCAUCCUGACCCUGCUCCUCAUCUCUCUGGACAGGUACCUGGCGGUGAGGCUGCCGCUCUCCUACCCCACCCUCCCAAAGAAAAUACCUGUGGUCCUUUCCCUCACUGUCCUCUGGAUGCUCUCCUUCCUUUUUGGACACUUGCCUCUGAUCUUUCCCUCUCUCCAGCAAAGCAACUACACAGGUUACUGCGGGCUCCUCUAUGCAGCCAAGAGUGAGUAUCUCUACACGAUCUGCUUUGGCGUCUUUGCUCCGUCCCUGCUGGUGCUGCUGUGCCUGCACGUCUCGGUGGGCAGCAUCGCCUACCUGCAGCACAAGCGGCUGCAGCACGCCUGCGCCCAGACUGGGAGCCUCCGCUCCCGCCUGCGCCACUUCAAGGCGCUGCGGACCGUGCUCAUCGUCAUCAUCGGCUUCAGCCUCUCGUGGGGGCCGUACCUGGUGGGGGGCACUGUGCAGGCCGCCUGCAGCUCCUGCAACCUGUCUGACCCGCUCAAGGACGCCUUAUUCCUGCUGGGCGAGACCAACUCCCUCAUCAACCCCCUUGUCUAUGCCCUGCACAGCAAAGACAUCAGAAGCCACCUUGCGAAGCUGCUCAAAUGCAGGGCAAAGGGCCGAGUGAAGCCCCUGGCUUCCAACGUCCGAACCGUGGGGAGCUGGGAUGGGGGCUGGCCUGAGGCACCCGGCUCAUGAGGCGCCCAUGUCCCGCUGCCUCUGCCUGUGCUCCUCCUGUGGUUGUUGGGCCCCUAGCAGAGGGUAACACGUGGUGCUGUGCAGGUGUGAAGUGGGGCCUUUCUGGUCCAUCAGCUGGUUCAUGAGCUGCUGCCAGGGGCUGCAGCUUGUGCACGCCAUCUGGUAUCUGCCUUAACGGCCCACUGUGCCCCCAUCCCAGCACUCCUGAGGCAGUGCCUUGGGAUUGCUUUGAGUGAACUGUGGCCUUUUGUCUCCCUCUGCAUGGCAGAAUCGCUGUCUCAUGGCUGCAGCAGGCUGAGCUGCUGUAAGGUGCUCCCUCCAGGGAAGUGCGGACAUGCUGGUGGUGCAAUGUCCUCAGCAAAUGCUGGCUGUGCAGAGAAGUGCCUGUGCAGGUGACCUCUGAGUGAACACCUCUUCCCUG